AGGCAGGAUGUACCUUCGGCGAGCGUGCUUCUAUCACACGCUGAUUGCGUGGUUGUGGUUCGUUAGACUUGACAGCGUAUCCAGGCUAGUGCUGUGCGCGCAGGGUCUCUCGCCCCUUGGCGCGCUCGAUGGCCAAAUUCGCUACUUUGAAACGUUGAGCCUGUCGGAGGUGCGCACUCGUCAUUUAUCCAAGCGAGAGGUGGCCCGCAACGGAGGCAGCAAGGAAGUCAGCUUCCGCGCACUGGGCCGUAGCUUUCAAUUAAUUCUAUCACCUACCAAAGGGCUGCUGUCGGCUCAGUUCAAAGCAUACACCGUUGAUCGCACAGGAGCUCGUCGUCCGGUAUGGGUGGAUAGUUCGCAGUUUUUCGAGGGGAAACUGCUGGGUGAAGUAGAUUCGAACGUAAGUGCCCACCUCGACGACGGUCUGCUUACGGCCUCAAUUCGACUACCCCAAGAUGUGUAUGUUGUCGAGCCGUCAUGGCGACACGCUGAAGCACUCCAGCAUCCCGACUUUCGGGAAGGGACUUACAAAGAUCUAAGCAAUGGCACCAAUAUGAUUGUGUACCGGGCCUCCGAUGUUAUCUACAGCUGGGAGCGCGCGGAACCUCAUUCUGAUCCGUCGCGUUUCUGUGGUGCCAUUCACGAAGAUGGGAUAGCAAACAUUGGUCGCAUGUUCGGCAAGCGCGACCUCGUUCAGGAAGGUCCUGAAGGGGAUCCCGUUGUCGGUGAGCCUCUUCGUAGCUAUGAGCCCACACAAACUCGGUGUUCAUUACUACUUGUGGCUGACCACAAAUUUUACGAAAACAUGGGCGGGAAAAGCCAGAAAGGUACGAUCAAUUUCAUUAUCUCGUUAAUCGAUCGCGUAAAUAAGAUCUUUCUCGACACAGAGUGGAAGGACAAUGAGCGACAACAGGGCUUUCGGGGAAUGGGUUUUGUUAUCCAAGAAGUAUUGGUACACACUGAACCUACCCCAGUAGUGAACGGUCAGGAACAUUAUAAUAUGGCUGGAAAAAAUUGGAACGUUCGUGAGCUGCUAGAGGUGUUUUCUCGUUCGGAAAAUCACCGCUGGUUUUGUCUGGCACAUCUGUUCACAGAUCAAAAGUUCGAGGGAGGUAUUCUCGGACUGGCGUACGUCGGCUCGCCACGCAAGAACUCAGUCGGUGGUAUUUGCAGUCCUGGCUAUGUGAAGAAUGGGCAUACACUUUACCUCAACUCGGGGCUGAGCACCUCCCGAAAUCAUUACGGUCACAGGGUCAUCACCCGAGAGGCGGACUUGGUCACCGCCCAUGAAUUCGGGCACAAUUGGGGAAGUGAGCACGACCCUGACCUCCCCGAAUGUAGUCCCGACUCCCAGAAGGGUGGCUCUUACCUUAUGUAUACAUAUUCGGUGUCCGGAUACGAUGUCAAUAAUAAACGCUUUUCGCCAUGCAGUGUACGCUCGAUUCGAGCUGUACUACUGGCAAAAGCUGGUAAAUGCUUCUCCAAGCCCGAGGAGAGCUUCUGCGGCAAUCUUCUUGUUGAGGAGGGUGAGGAAUGCGACGCCGGUUUAAGUGCUUCGUCAGAAACCAGUGAUCCCUGCUGUACGGCACAAUGUAAGCUCAAGUCAGGAGCCAAAUGCAGCGACCGCAAUUCGCCAUGUUGCAAGGAUUGUCAGUAUAUGGAGGUGGGUAUACUCUGCCGCGAAGCCAUGCCAAACGCAUGCAAGAAAGAGGCAUUUUGCUCAGGUGAGAGUGCCGAGUGUCCUCCGUCCAAACCGCAGGAUGACGAUUCCGCCUGUCUGGAUCGCGGCAAAUGUCGGGCUGGCGACUGUUUGCCUUAUUGCGAGACGCUCGGUCAAACCUCGUGCAUGUGUGACAAUGAGGCCGACGCCUGUAAGCGGUGUUGUCGGCCACAUCAAAACUCGACGUGCCAACCAGUCGAGCCCGUCGAAGUGUUACACGACGGAACACCAUGUAUACACGGAUUCUGCGAGGAAGGCUCAUGUAAAAAGACCGUUCAGGAUAUCGUCGAACGAUUCUGGGAUAUUAUCGAGGACAUCGACAUUAACACAGUACUGAAGUUCUUGCAUGACAAUAUUGUCAGUUUUGUGCUCAUUCUCGUCACCAUUCUAUGGAUACCAGUGUCCUGCCUCAUUAGUUAUACGGAUAAGAAACGUUUCCGGGAGAUGGAGGAAUGGGCCAAAAGCCGCGAGCCGGCAAGUGAAAAGCGAUUACCAUUUGCUCUGCCGGAAGAUCCCGGUAUUAAGGUGAUCAAGAUACCGAAGAAUGUAAAAGUGAUUUCGAUGCAAACGCGGGCAGUAGCCACGCCAUCAGCGACUAUCGAUCGUCGCAGCAGUAAUUCAUCGUCGACCUCAUCGACUCUACUCACCCCUCAGUCGAGACAGUGGGGUCACGCAGUUCGUACAACAGUUAUUCCAGCCCCAAUUCAACAGCAGCAUCAGAUUCGAGUGCCACCUGUACAAUGCUGUAUGGUGGAAGCUACCUCAUCUCCGGCGCCCCCGCCUUCUACCUAUUUGCCAACUGCCGGUUCCCAGUACCUCCCCAAGUGCGACGUUCCUUAUCUUCCGGCGGGGGUUAGAGAACGGCGCCGUGAUUCAGCCGCACACCAACUGCGCUACCUUCACAAUGCGGAUCAACGCAAUCUUAGUCAGUAUGAAAUGCAUAACUUAGCUGAUCAUAUGUCCAGCUAUCCGCAUGUUGCCGCUAGCCCGGGUCCCUCGCUGACGAAUCAUCACCUUGGUGCACGAUACCAAGUGGUGAUGGGUCCCGAACCCGACUACGGGUUCACGUACGGGCCUCCGCGCACUCCUCGAGGGACCCAUCCUCAUGGCCAUGCAGGCCAUGUGCACACACAGUCACACGAAAGAAGCGACUAUCUCUAGUCCACAACAAAACGUCAACAAGAAUGAACGGGGUGGCGCGAGAAACGGGAUAAUUCAAUUCAUGGUGAAUUGAAUCGAGUGCAGUAAAAAGCAAAAACAGAAACCUAAAGGCAGUAACAUUUGUUGUUACCUACAUAUACAUAUAGCCAGCAGUACAUCGAAAGCGAGAUAGAAAUGGUGGCUGUUUCACAUGAUUGAUAUGAUAACACUGAUGACGAUAUUAAGAAUUAUGCUGAUGAUGAAGCUUUAUUCCAAAGCGUAUGCGAGCGGAGUGUAAGAAGACGAGUGUUUCUAUCUUUUGUCGUGAACUAUUAGGUCAGCGUUGUAAGGUAGGAUAUAGAAUAAAAAUAAGGGAAAAAAGUGACUGUAGUGUGGGGUCGGAGUGUUCGUAAUUGUAACUACGUAUGUAAUUGUAACUUGUCUCUAAAUCAGUCGGAGAUGACAGCUGACUGGAUAUAGGCUGAGGUCACGAUGAGGUUCGAUUUGUGAAUAAUUAUAUAAUGUUGAGAACGCUGAGGUAAUACACGUUCAAGGAUUACUAUUUAAUUAUGUGUAUAAUGCUGGCUCCUUGAAGUCUCGUCCCCAUCGAUAACGUCGACACGGAGAUGAUAACCUCUGCUAUAUUCAGGAACAAACGAAUGAAUGAAUGUCAAAAAUGAGUGAAUAAUAUGGUGAAUUUUGGCUAUUAAUAAAAACAAAUACAGUUAUUGUAUACUGCUGCAUAUAGCGAAGUGUUCAGUCACUUCGAUGCUACUCGAGAUGAGAAGGCGUCGUCGCCCCUUUGCCUCUGUGGGCGAAAUUAUCGAAUUGUUGGUAUAGCAUAGACGCUCGACCAGACGGUUGUUUAAGGCGUUUCGAGCCAAUUCUAGGCAGCCUCAGAAAGUACGAUUACCGUUCUUGGUACCAUGUACAUAUAUUGCGUGUUGAAAUGCGCGAAGGGAAUACGUGCACGUAGAACUGCUACCCUGCCUUAAUAUUGGUAACAGCCAUAGCAGCGGCAGUAGCAGCAAUACCACAAACGGUAAGAAUGAGAGAACGAAUGGAAGAGAACUGACCGCUUGAACAGAUGACUAAUUUUCAUUACGUGCAGCAAAUCUUGCUCGGUUAGGCACUAAACGCCAAUUGACACUAACAGCUGGAGAACGAGUCUGAGAAAAUAAUAACGAAAAACCCUGGUUCUGUACAGUUGACUGUGGAAGCGAUUGCUUUGAUGAUUUUGAGUGUAGUAAUUACGGGUUGGGCGAGCGGAAGAGUCACUGAAGUGCCCACAAUUGCUGUAAAUAAAUUCAGUUUGAUGUGCAACGUGUUAAGUGCAAUCAACUUGCGAGUUUCCCUAAAUAGCCGAAUUGCACUCCUAAUAAAAACGACGGCCGCACCAGUAGCAACAACAAUUGUAGAAACAAUUCCGAAAGCUGGUAUAUAACAAAACGGGAUAAAGGGUAAUUAAAGUAAUAUAAUUUAAACUAUAGGCGCAAGCGAGUAACCACUCGUAAUGGAGAGAAAAAAAAGCUAUAUUCCAGGCAACAGAUAGCGGGCGUGUCGCCAACGGCUGCCGUUGUAUAAUAUCAGGUGAUUAGAAUACGAAUAAUAAGUAUAAUAUGAGUGAUCAAACAUUUAAAAUGGUCGAUAUUCGAAUGGGUAACAGUGUGUACAUGCAUCGAGCUAGUUCGAUUUUGUGGUGCUGUAUAAGAAAACAUAAGAAAGGGAUAAACGAUCAGUUAAUGAUCUGAAAAAAAGUGUUUUUUGAUCCUUAGUUGAUAGUAUGAUGGCCAACUUUUUUUUUGCUCUCAAGUGUAAUGCAUUCAGCAUGCUCUUAUGUAGAUUUGCAACAUUUUCUAAAUUCGUUUUCAUCUAAGUGAUUCCUCGAGCAGCUCUAAAAACAGCGGUUCUUCAACCUGUGGACACAGAUAAUACAACAUGACAGCUGUUAGCCAAGCUGUCCGACUAACCGAUAGAAUGGCUCCUCGUGUGUAUCUGGUUCUCUUCAUAUAAACACGUUCAGAUACUGAUCUUUUCAGCAGCCUUAGGGAAUCUCAAUAUGUACAUAAGAGGUGACCACGUGUACAUAAUCAUUACAGUGAC